UGUUGCACCGUUCACUGUGUUCAAGAAACUUGGAAUCAGUGGACCAACACCUCUUCCAUUUUUUGGUAACUCCAUACAGAACCGCCUUAAUGUAAGUUGGUUGGCUUAAUUUUUGUUCAAUGGGCUAACACUAUCUAAUGGAUAAGUGUCAGCAAAACAUACUGUGCUAACCACUUGAUUGAGAUUUUAUUCAGCGGAUGACGUUAUUCAUGCACCCUUUGAAGAACUGGGGCUAAAUUAAGCCAUAUGAUGGAUGGAAUGAGAAAUUAAGAAAGUGGAGAAUGGAGUGGAAUUGGAAAGCCAAACAUCAUCCCAAAGUGUCAAAUGGAAUGGUCUGAUAAAUAUGGAAAGAUAUUUGGAGUUUAUGUCUUUCGUCAGCCAUUUCUGGUGAUUGCUGAUCUAGAUAUGAUAAAAGAGAUCUUUGUCAAAGAAUUCCCGAAAUUUCAUGAUCGAAAGAAAUUGAUGAAGGACCUUAAGAAGCCAUAUGACAGAAUGUUAACAAUCGUAAGUGGUCAGAAGUGGAAGGAUAUCAGAUCUACUUUGACGCCAACUUUCAGUGCAGCUAAGAUGAAGCAGAUGAUGCCCUUUAUGAAUGAAGCGAUCAGCAUUUUAAUGCAGAAAGUGGACAGAAUUUCCAAAACAGGAGAGAUCGUUGAUUUUCAUAGGUGGCUCCAGAGUCUUACCAUGGAAGUGAUUUUGUCAACAGCAUUUGGAGUCAAAGCAGAAACACAAACUGUUGAAAAUGAUCCAAUCACUGAAUUAGCAAAGAAGGCCAUGGCUCCACACCCCUUGGUUGGAUUACUGUUCCUGUUACCAUUUGGAGAACACAUAAUGAAUAGCCUCCAGGAUCCGUUUGAUUUCGAAAAAAUCCUUGCCAUAUCGGCCGAUAUCAUCGCUGAAAGGACUGCCGGAAAGGACAGUACUAACGCACCUCGAAAAGACUUACUGCAACUGAUGCUGGAUGCCAAGGAAGAAACAGGAGGAGAGAAAAUUGACUAUGACGAUAUUAAGGCACAAUGUCUCACUUUCCUUCUUGCUGGAUAUGACACAUCCAGUACUACUCUUGCUUUCCUUUGCUAUGAACUCGCUCUUCACACGGACGUGCAAGAUAAACUGAGGGACGAGAUUGACCGUAUGUGGCCCGAAGAUGAGGAAUCUCCAUCUUAUGACUCCCUCCAUAACAUGCAAUACCUUGAAAUGGUUAUUAACGAAGCAGUUAGGAAGUACCCACCAGGAUUUAUACUUCAGAGAGAUUGCAUGGAGGCCUGCACUAUAAAAGGACUGCAUAUCCCGAAAGGAUUGCCGGUUAUGAUUCCGUGCUAUGCAAUUCACCACGACCCAGAGAUAUGGCCAAAACCUGAAAAGUUUAACCCAGAGAGGUUCUCAGAGGCAGAGAAAGCAAAGCGUCAUCCUUAUGCAUUCAUGCCGUUUGGAUUCGGUCCUCACAAGUGUGUUGGAAUGCGAUUUGCUUUGCUUGAAGUAAAGCUGACCCUCGUGAGAUUACUGAAGAAGUAUAAGCUGGAAAAGACUGAGAAAACAGCGGUUCCAAUGAAGUUUGAAGUUAUGUUUGUCCUCACCUGUGCUCCUGAGACAGUUAUGUUGAAGAUUACACCAAGGGACUAAUAUAUGAUCAUGUUGCGUCCAGUUUUACCUUAGUAAAACCCUGAUGACAGACUUCGCCAGAACAUCUAAAUACACUCCUUUGUCAACCUCAGUUGUCUUUAGCCGGAUGUUUUUCACUUUUCUCUAGAAAAAUAUUCCUUUGAAAAUAUCUUUCUGAACGGAAAAGCUUCCAGGAUUAUUUAAGUCAGGAAACUCAACUUAGGUAUAUCCAUUUGAUGAUGAUGAUAAGUAUACAGUUGCUAUGCAAUUUUGCUGCCUGAGGCUUGCAAAACGUUUCGAACAAGUCUUAGUGACGCUCACUACUGUGACGUACUAACUUGGCAAACUAAGACGUCCGCAAAAACUAGAAUUUACCAAAAAUAAAGCGCCAGGGUACCUCAAAAUACUGUACCCUCAAUGACGAGCUACACGAUAUUUUAACACUGCUAAACAAAACAUUGAUUGAUAGGCAUAUAACAAUAAUAAGUUAGUAAGAUUCUAAAGUGGUUCAUUCGCCUUUCCGAAGACUUCUGCAUGGACGCAAUAACAAUAAUCUUCAAUGAGCUCACUCUAUCCAUUUUGUAUCAUAUAUACCUGUAUCAGAACUGCGUAAACAACUGUUUUUCUUGUGCCUAUUGAAAAAAAUGUAUGUAGAGCAUUACCGCUGCGUUAAGGGAGUUCUGAAAUAUAAUUCGGGUGGCACGAAAUUUAGCAUGCCUGUUGGCACGAAGAGGAGCGUAUUAGAGAUUAUGUAACAGGAUGUUACAUAAUCUGCAAGCGUUUCUUGCUUUGUCAUCUACAGCUAGCGAUUUUCUUGCCUAAAUAGAAGCUUAUGACUCUACAUGAAAAGCCUGAGUAUGAAAAGACCUUGACGCAGUACGUGAAAACCUUGCGAAAAAUCAUGGAAAGGUCAUGUUUUAAGGAUUGACAUCCUGGAAUGUGUCUGCCGUUCCUUAUCACUGGUUCGCUCACAGCGACGAAGUCAAUAUCGAAGCCCUUAAGCUUAUAUUUGAUUCAUGGUGCAGUUAUUUACAGCUGAUCUCAGUGCUGUGUGUAGGAGGAAAGGUUUGGAAUAAAAAAGUGUAGUUACAUAAGCAA